AUGUCUGUCAUCAUUCGACUUCAAAACCUACCGAUGUCAGCCAAUGCUUCAAAUAUCAGACGGUUUUUUGGGGGCCUCGCUAUUCCUGAAGGUGGUGUUCACAUCGUCGGUGGCACCGAUGGCGACGCCUUCAUAGCUUUUGCAACGGAUGAAGACGCGCGCAAGGCAAUGCUUUUGGAUCGACAAGCAAUCAACGGAGCGCCUGUCCGCCUUUUCCUUAGUAGUAAAACCGAAAUGCAGUCGGUCAUUGAGUCUGCCAGAAGCUCGGCUCUUUUUUCUGGUGUCGUUAGCACGCAACCUUCUCAGCCUCCGGCGCAGAAAACGGAAACCAUGCAGGCUUUGGAUGUCACAGCGCCGACAUUACCCAGCUCAUUCCCAUCUUACCGGAGCGAUAAUCCUCGUGAUGUGCAGCCAGUCGACCGACUUGACCAGUUUGGUUAUCCUAUCAAAAGACAUGUCAGCCCGCCUCCUAGUUCGACAAAUGUAGGACCCCCGCAGUACGAGGUCCCUCGUGAUGAUCCAUAUGGCGAAGACUACGUUCGGCAUCAACCUCGCGUAUCUGAGCGCCCGAACCAACCAGAACUGAUACAUAGGGACCGAGAUUAUAGUUUUGAUCAUUCCACAGUUUCUCAGUAUGCUCGUUACGACGUACCACGUGAUCGUCGAACUCCACCAACUGAAUACGGUGGUCCGGUCAGAGAUUCCAAUGGCUUCGAAUCAGCUAGUCGAAUGUCUCCACGUCCAUAUGCGCCCUAUUAUGGGGAUUCUACAUACGACAGACGACCUGAAACCCAGUUUCCACGGCCCAAAGAUGGCCCGCGAGAUGAUAUUCGACCGGCUUAUUCUGAUGGACGAUACGGAAGAAUACCACCUGAACCCCCAACUGGAUAUGACAGCCGCUCACCGAAGCAUCCUACGGAACGUUUCAUUCCUCCUGAACGAGUUGUGCGUGAUCCAAGAGAUGUUCGUCCGGACUCGGGUCAAACGGCUCCUGUCCCCUUUUCCCAUGAUAAUCGUUCACGCACCACUUUUCCCUACGAUCGCGAACCUGCUUUUCCACCACCGCGUUCGCAAGUUGAACGUGACUUUUCUGUCCGUCCACCUUGGCUUAAUGAGGAUGUUCCUUCAUAUGGCUCAAAACGCCCUCCGGCGCCUCCACCUGAACUAGAUGAUUAUCCACCCAAACGUCGACCACCGCCCUCCAAUGCUCGGCCCACACAAGAGAGGAAUUCACCUUCUGAAACAGACUUCGUUGUCCGGGUUACUCUUCCCAUCGGGGAAGUUGGGAUCAAGGCCAUUUUUGAAGUGCUUCGCGGUGUACAUAUUAUUCCAAAGUGGGGUAUUCGUAUUGAAGAAGAUGCCUUGCAACGGCCGACAGGCUAUGUCUUCAUUAUGAUGAGUGCACGUGACUCAUUCGAUCGGGCCUUGGCCUAUGAUGGCCGCAUGUAUAAAUCAAAACCGGUUAAGGUUGUCCCCUCUUCUUUGUCAGAAUUCUACAAAGUAACGGACUCUAAUUUUCACCUCAAGUGCCCGGCUGAUAUUGCUAAAAAGUUACCCCCUCCUGGUCAACCUGUCACUCCUCCGCACCACGCUGACGGAUGUCUGGAGGUUGCUGAUUUACCACCGGAUACUAACAGAGCUGAAAUUGUUCGCUUUCUUGGUGCACCUGGUCUCUCGGCUUCUGAUGUGACUAUCGCCACGUUCGCUCCAGGCGACAAAAGUGCAACCAAAACACCUGGUUCAGUACGUGCCCUGGUUUCGUUGCCUUCGGCCAAGGAUCUCGAAAUUCUUCUUUCCGCGAAAGCCCGACCCUUGCGUCCGGACGGUGCCUUCCCGCCUGUGCGUCUUACGCCCAUUUCACGCUUGCAGCUUGAAGCAUAUUCAGCGUUAACUGUAGAAAGCAAGCCGAAAUCAGAACAGGCAGUCUCGAGUGAGCCUGCCGUCUCUACUAGUCCACGCGAAACCCCCAAAGCUGUCACCGGAAGCCUUACGUGUGCGUACCUGUCAGGGUUGGCUCGACCUCUUAAAGAUUCAGAUGUUCUCCGCUUGUUCCCGUCGGUUUUGAUUCCGGGUGAUGCUAUCCGCAUGGUUGGGCCAGAAAAUACGAGCGCAUAUAUUGAUCUUAUCAGUGAAAACAAUUGUCGCCGUGCCAUCGAAGAUAUUACGGGUAGUGACUCUAAAUCGAAGUUGGCCCAUCCUUCAAUUCGCAUCGAAGCUAUUACUCGUGCGGAAAUGGAGAGUCGCGUGGCAGCAGUUAAGGGCUCGGAGCCGGUUGGGUCACAGCAUCCAUCGGAUCAUCGACCUAGUCGUCCACCGCGGGAUCAUGACCCACGGGAUACUGGACGUCCUCACUGGGAAUCCCGGCCUCCACCUCGAGUAGGUCGGCACUCCUCGCCAGGCCCCCCACCCUUCCGCCCACGAUCUCCUCAGUCAAUGGGCCGAUCUAAAUACGAUGAACCCUAUUAUGAUCAUGCAGCCCAUCCACAACCUUUUGAAGAUGGCCUUCACAACGACCCGUAUAAUGGUCCCGUACGUAGGCCGCGUCCUCCCAUGGACUUGCCGCACGGCGCACCGCCACCACCGAACGACUACGUGCUUCCCCCUCGCCCCAGUGAUUCGCUACCUCCACCUCGUCGACCAGGAUUGGAUUUUGUCACUGUCCACCUUAGCAACCUUCCCCCAUCAGUAACUGUGGAUCAGCUAUCGGGUAUAAUGCGAGAUUAUUAUUUUGUCCCUGGUUCCAUUCGUCUGCGCAGGGAUAUUCAAGGUGUACCGACAGGGGAGGCUUUGGUUGAUUUCAAUUCAGCUUACGACGGUGAUCGCGUCAUUCGGGACCUGCAUGGUUAUCGAAUGGCUGGAAGACCUCUUGUGCUCCAAUAUGAUCGCCGGAUGUAGCAUUUCCAAUCGUCUGGAGGCCCAUUUACUAGCCUCCUUCAAUCGAUCGUCAAUACCCGCACGCAAAUCCUCACUUUCAAUUUAUCGCACGAAAGUGUCCAGGCAAAUGUGAGCGGUCGUCUGUCGUUUCAGGUUUUAAUCGACCAUCAUUCUUCUCUACUCGAACCUUCCCUCUGCAUUGUUACCCACGUAAGCCUUGGUAAUAAAAUUUGUUUUCGGUGUAUCUGAUGUGACAGUGCUCGAGUGCUCCGUUCAAUUGAUUACUUCAUCCAAGGGCAUCAACAACAUCUGCUUGAGUCGUGUUAUUCGG